AUAAAGUUUUCCCCAAGGGCCAAGGCUGAGAAAUUUCACGCGCGCCGGAACACAAAAUUAUGGAAGAUGGAGAGAAGCAAGAGCCGAGCAAUCUAGCAAUGUCAGCCGCCGCUGAACCGCCCACCGACCGGCCGGUUCGCGUCUAUGCCGACGGAAUAUACGACCUCUUCCACUUUGGCCAUGCCCGAUCUCUCGAACAAGCCAAGAAACUGUUUCCAAACACAUAUCUUCUUGUUGGAUGUUGCAAUGAUGAAGUCACUAACAAAUUCAAGGGCAAGACUGUUAUGACCGAUAAGGAGCGAUAUGAAUCUCUUCGUCACUGCAAGUGGGUUGAUGAAGUUAUUCCAGAUGCACCUUGGGUGGUCACUCCCGAAUUCCUUGAGAAACAUCAGAUUGAUUAUGUGGCUCAUGAUUCUCUUCCUUAUGCUGAUGCAAGCGGGGCUGGAAACGAUGUUUAUGAGUUUGUCAAGGCCGUUGGAAAAUUCAAGGAGACAAAACGGACUGAUGGAAUAUCCACAUCAGAUAUAAUAAUGAGGAUUAUAAAAGAUUACAAUGAGUAUGUGAUGCGUAAUUUGGACAGAGGAUAUUCAAGAAAAGAUCUCGGUUUGAGUUAUGUGAAGGAGAAAAGGUUAAGAGUAAACAGGGGUUUGAAGACGUUGCAAGAGAGAGUAAAGAAGCAACAAGAGAGAGUGGAAGAGAAGAUACAAACUGUGGCAAAAACAGCUCGGAUGCGUCGUAAUUUGUGGGUUGAGAAUGCCGACCGAUUAGUUGCUGGAUUUCUCGAAAUGUUUGAAGAAGGUUGCCACAAAAUGGGCACCGCCAUCAGGGACCGAAUCCAAGAACAGAUAAGCACUACGAAUAUAAAAGAACUGUUAUAUGAUAAUGAAGACGAUGAUGACUAUUAUGAGUACGAGUAUUACUAUGGUGAUAGCAGCGAAGAAGAUGAAGAUGAAUACGAAUAUGGCAAGGGUGAAAAGCGGCCUUCCUUGGCCUGGGUGAGUUGAUACGUGGAACCGGUUAUGUUUACAUGAAACAGCAAAUGUUUGGCCUAUGGUGAGACUAUGAUGUGUUUUAUGUCAAGUUUCAAACUAGUUUUAGUGUGCCACUUUCACGUAUAGGUGUGCUGUUUGUAUGUAAAUUUGUAUCUAUCGUGUGAUGACACAACUAUUUAAGUACUUUCAUAGCGUGAAAUGCAAAUGUCACUCGUGAUGACAAUGAAGUAAUUCGUUUGAUU